AUGGGCUGCCCAGGCGAGCUGCUACCCCCCACACUCCCUGCAGACCCCUCCCCAUCUCCUCCAGGACACCCCCAAAACAAGCCCCGCCCCCAGCUCCUCCCCCUGGCCCCGCCCCUGCACGAGCCAAGCCCGCGCAUGCGCCUUGCUCCUCGCACCCUGCCAGCGUCCAUCGGCUUGGCGCGAGCAGCAACACGAAGCGCCUGCAGAGCCCUGCCCGGGGGUGCUGGGCAGUGCGGUGGGCAGCGCAAAGUCACGCCUGGAGGUCAGCCAGUCUUAAUGGCCACCCCCGGGCACUUCACCCAAAUCAAGAAGAUGGAAAUGCAAGGGGCAUUUCCAGAGCAACCUGCAGUGAAAGAAGAGGAGGAGGAGGAGAAAACAGCAUGCAGCCAGUACCCAGGUUCCUGGGAUCUGGGCCUUGAAGGCCCUGAAGGCCUCCAAGUCCCCGAGGUGGCCCAGGAGGUGGUGCUGAGCAGGACCAGCGACCAGGAGCCAGACCUCACGUUGCAGCUUACCAACGAGAGGGCCGAGCUCCUGGCCCUGGGCUGCCUGAUGCCCGGCUUUCAGGAGGCCCCAGUGAUGCAGCCACAGGCCGCCGGCAAUGCUGCGACAGUGAUGCAGCAGGAAGGAGGCGCCACUGCAGAGAUGAUGCAGCAGUGGGCAGGGGGCCCCCUGCUGAGUCUGCAGCCACCCUCAGUCUGCUUCACCAUCAACCUGCAGGAGGGGGUCUUCGAGCUGCAGCAGAUUCUAGGGUUGCUGGUGGGCAAUGCCCAGGGAGAACCAAAGUUUGCCGACGUGCUAGAGCUGGAAAGGAGUGAGCAGCAGUCGGCUGAGGAAUUGACCAUCCAACCUCCUGUACCACUCUUUCUUCUGGAAGUCAUGCCUAGAGAGGAGAGGAGAGAUAAGAUUACCUUCACAACUUCUAACCUGACGGUGGAAGAACCAGGAGAUAAGCCGGUUGCAGCCGCUGCACUCAACGAUCCAACAAAGGCUGCAGGAAUGAAGCGAACCUUCCAGUGCAAACUCUGUGACUUCACCACAUCCCGAGCAAGCAGCCUCACCCGGCACAUGAAGACGCACACGGAUGAGAAGACGCAAGCCUGUCACCUGUGUCCCAAGACCUUCCGCACCAUCUCCCUGCUACGGAACCACAUCAAUACACACACAGGGACCAAGCCGUACAAGUGUGGAGACUGUGACAUGGCUUUUGUCACCAGCGGCGAGCUCAUUCGGCAUCAACGCUACAAGCACACCCAUGAGAAACCCUUCAAGUGCUCCCAGUGCGGAUACGAGAGUGUAGAGGCGAGCAAGCUGAAGCGCCAUGUCCGCACCCACACGGAUGAGAGGCCCUUCAGCUGCUGCCAGUGCAGCUAUGCCAGCAGGGACGCCUACAAGCUCAAGCGUCACAUGAGGACACACACGGGUGAGAAGCCCUACGAGUGCUCCGUCUGCCACUCGCGCUUCACGCAGAGUGGCUCCUUGAAGUCCCACAUGCUGCAGAAACACAGUGACAACGCCCCCAAGUAUGAGUGUCCCCACUGCGCCACCAAAAUCGCCCGGAAGAGCGACUUGAGCGUCCAUGUGCGCAACCUGCACAGCCACUUGUCUGUCGCUGUUAAGUGUCGCUUCUGCCCGGCCACAUUCCACGAGCGUUACGCCCUCCUGCAGCACCAGAAGACACACCAAAAUGAGAAGCGUUUCAAGUGCACGUAUUGCAACUACGCUUGUAAACAGGAAUACCACCUCAUCGUGCAUAUACGCACCCACACCGGGGAGAAGCCCUUCUCCUGCACGAUCUGCAGCAAGAACUUCCUGAAGAAGCAGCUGCUCACGCACCACAACCAGAAAUACCACGACCCCAGCUUCGUGCCCACCGUGUUCCAGUGCCCACACUGUGCCAAAGGAUUCUCCCGCUGGGACAACAUGCAGAAGCACUCAAAGAAGUGCUCUCUGUUGGAGAAGGGGAGAGAGGCGAAGGCGGCCCAGCCGAGCAGUGCAGACAGUGCCUCCGUCUCCACUGCCCCAGAGGCUGAGAGCACACAGGAAGAGCCAAUGCCAGGAGGCUCAAGUGACAGCCCUGCCGAGGCUCAAGGAGGUCUGACCCCCAAGGAGGCUGUGAGCUGUGAAAUGAUGCUGCGUAUGAUGGAGCACUGA